GCUUGGCCAGUUUUCCAUACCUUUGGUCGAAAAAUCUCUGAUCCUGAUAUACAGAUCGUGUCUGUGAAGAGACUGCAUUAAAUACUGUAGUUGCCAUUCAGAAUGGAGUCUUCUGCUCGCCGAUCAAGCCAAGUUGAAGUAGACGAUGUCCAACAAACAUUGUCUCAGAUUGAUGAACACUUGGAGAAACUGAGAAGCAGCGAUUUUUCAUUGAUCAAUACUAGUAAUGCAAUAGAACAACACUUGAACAGUGCUGAAGGUUUACUUUAUGUAAACUUACCAAAAGCACGUGAAGUAUAUGAGAUUUUAUUGAAAUCCAUCGACACGAAGGAUAAACUGCUGGUACUCCGAUGUCGACAUGGGUUAGUACAAGCUUCACUGGGCACAUUGCCUUUGUCUGACUCAUUAGCGGUUGCUAAAGAAGGCUUUGAAUAUGCUCAAUGCAUUUUACCAAAUCAACCCCAGACCAAUGAGGAACUGAACGCCGCAUAUUUAGAAUCCAGUUUUGAUCUUGCUACUGUCUACCGAAUCGUCGGUCAACUCGAUGAGGCCGACCGAAUCCUGAGGGAAGCACUCCAGUUUGCGAAGGACCACAACUGUCGAGAUGGUGCACACAGAGCCAAGGUACUCCAGGGUAUCGUGUUGCUGUCACGCGGAGAACUGGGCGUGGCCAUCAGAGGCGUCUUUACGCCUUUAAUGGAGGAAUCUCUAAGUGAUGAAAACAAGGGGUUACUCCUUCAGGCUUUAGGAAAUGCUUGCAGAUCUGCCGCACAGUGGGGCCCAGCAAAGGAUCACAUGAGAGAAGCAAUUUCAAUUGCGAAAAAGAUGGGUGACAAGGCACGUGAAGCAGAGAGGCACUGUGAUUUAGGAACCAUAUAUCGUUCUGAGGGUCGAAUAGCUGAUGCUUUGGAACAUCAGAGAAAGCUGUACGAUUUUGCACUGGAAAGAGGAGAUAUGCAAGGUCUAUGCUCUGCAUGCUUUGGAAUUGGUUUUUCGCAUUAUUCAACAAAACCUAGACCCGAUUAUAAGCAAGCGUUACUUCACCUUGGUCUACAGAAACGUCUUGCCGAUAGACUGCAGGAUGUAGCCAUGAGAGGGAUUGCCCUAAAUUGUCUGGGUAAAACUUUUACAGAUUUAGGAAAGUACGAAGAUGCCAUCCAAGCCUUUGAGGAGAGAGUAGAAAUUGCACAACAAACUGGAAACAUAGCUGGUGAAGGGAUGGCGUAUGGAAACCUUGGAACAGCCCAUAGAUGUAUAGGAAACUACGAAGAAGCAUUAAAAUACCAUCAUAAAUAUUUGAUGAACGCUGAGCGCAGAGAUGACACCGGGGGAGCGGCUAUCAUGUUGAGAGAAUUAGCACUGGAUUAUUUGUUUAUGGAUGACAGCGCGAAUGCAGAGGUCUUCGCUAGGAAAGCGCUGACAACACUGGAUACUAUAAGAGCACAGCUAGGUCCAGAAGAUACUUCAAAAAUCGCAAACUACGAAAAGAACCAAGCCGAUGCCUAUAAUCUUCUUAUCUACGUUCUUGUCAAGGCAGGGCGUUAUAAGGACGCUCUAGUGGUGUCCGAAAUUGGUCGAGCUCGUGCUUUAACAGAUCUAAUGAUUCUGAAAGCCGGUAAAAGCUACGCACCGCCGCAGAGUCUAAAUGAAACUGACAUUUAUGAUUUAGCACGAAGAUUCCAAACAUCAUUCGUCGUAUAUUCCAUAGUUAAUGAGAUAGACCCAAGGGGAAAACGAACGGGAUGGUUCUACAUAUGGCUGGUAACUAUUGAGGAGGGGGUGCAGGCUCCCAGGGUUUAUUUUGGCAAGCACUUAAAUGUGUCUGAUCCGGAUCUUGUUGAUGAGAGCAACGAGACUAUUGCCCUUGAUGAAGGAUAUUUUCAUUCACUGUGUAGAUCCAUGCAGACCAUGGACGAUUUAGAUCGUACUCAGAAUUCAGACUCGGAAUCCGAUUCGGAUUCAGAGGAAGAUGAGACAGAAAGAGAUCCAGGAAAAAUGGAAUCGGCCCAAGAACAGCCGGGUACAACCCGUUUUAAGACUUGGGUCGCAUCAGAGACGCCAGUGAGGAUGAAAACUGAAGGGCAGUUACGCGCCUUAUACGACACUUGCAUUGCUCCCAUCGCUAAACAUCUACCUGUGGCAGAUGUUGGAGAUGAGAGUCAUCUUCGACCACGUUUAACAAUUAUCCCACAAGACUUCCUAUUCAAAGUACCAUUCGCUGCACUUCAAGCUCCAGAUCACAGUUAUAUGGUGCAGAAAUUUGUCAUGAACUGCAGUCCAUCCAUCCUUGCCUUCAAACUCUCUCAGGAGAGACGAGAGCACCUGAAAACUCUGACCAGAAAAACCAGCAUGAUUGCUAUUGGCAACCCCUUGACACCCUUUACUGGAAAACAGCUGCCGCAGUUGUUGGGUGCAGAAAAGGAGGUCAAAAGAGUGCGCAAGUGCUUCAAAGAUGAUGACGUUUCCUUGUUACUUGGAGAAAAUGCAAGGAAAGAUAAAACUAUGGCAGAAGUUAAAGCCCACUCGGUGAUUCACAUAGCAGCGCACGCGGCACCACAUGAAGGAGUGGUAGAUUUAAAAGAAGAGGAAACGGAGUUUAAAACAGCUGACGGUGACUAUAGCACAAGAGGCUGUUUAUUCAUGGCCCCAUCAAAUCCAGAUUGUCAAGGUAUACUGCUGGCUAGUGAGAUCAUGACUAUGGACAUUCCUGCUUUACUAGUUGUGCUCAGUUGUUGUGAAACGGGACUCGGGAAAAUAACAGCCGAUGGCGUCCUGGGCCUGUAUCGAGCGUUCUUAGUUGCUGGGACUGCGUCUGUUCUUGUUAGCCUUUGGAAGAUAAAAGACAAAGCCACUUGUAAAUUCAUGACUUUCUUUUAUAAACAGUAUAAGAAACAUGGAGACAUUUCUUUAGCCCUGCACGAGGCCAUGUUGAAGAUGCUGCAGCACCGAAAGUACCAUAAGCCACACCACUGGGCUGCUUUUGCACUGAUGGGGGCAUCGUGAUGGAAGAUUAAAUUGCACAAAGAGACUUUCGAAAUAUACAUUUUUCAUUUGAGGAGAAUUGCAUGCAAUAAAGUUUGGAGAGCAAAAUAAAUUAAUAGAAAGUAUUCAUUAGCGGGACCAAAAUUGGUGUGAUAAAAACGAACAGGUCAAUGAAAUAUAGUUUACUAAGUAUAUACCUUUUACGUGCAAUACACAUUCUAUAAGUUAACAAUGAUUAUCAUGGGUACAGUAAUGUACAGCAUUUCUAAGAUCCGUCAAACCAAUAUUCAAUAUUUUCAAUUUUUUCAAUAUUUUGCAGUUAAUUUCCCAGAUAUCAUGUUCUACCUAACUAUGCAAAACCUUAAUAUUAAAAGAUAAGUUCAAAGUCCUGCUUAAAAUAUUUUUAAAAAAUUAACUGUUUGAAUAUCUGUAUCGCAGGACAAGUUUAUUGAUGCAGUAAUUUUUGGUUCUUUUUAACCCACAGUAGACAAUGGUACAAUUACUUUUAGAUAAAUGCAAGACCCUAAGGAAUAAAAUAUUACUUGUAGUUUGACUGCUGAAAAGUGGCAAAACUCUUAAUGGCACAAAACCAAAAUUAAUGAAAUGAGAAAAAAUAUGUUUACGAAGGAUGACAGUGCAUGGCUGAAGAUUGUAGUUUUUCUGUAGAAAUUAAAUUAUGCAUGAAACCGAUGGUAACAUCGA